AUGGAUUCACGUAAACUUACUUUUGAUUCGAUGGAAUGUUUAUCAAAAACUAAUUAUGAUAAGUAUCAUCAUUUUGUUGUAAUUGAUGAUACUGAUGAAAUUGAUGAACAAUAUAUUGAAAAUGAAAUGAAAGGGAUUGAAACCAUGUCAAUAGAAAAGUUUAAACAAAAAUUCAUGAGCAUCAACUUCAAGUGACCUUCAAUUUUGUGAUAAUAUGUAAAAUAAAAUAGACUUUAGUUUUAUAAUAGAAAUACGAUAGAAAUAUGUGCCUAAUUUGUUAUUGAAAUAAAAGGAUAUUGACUGAAAAAAAAAUUUUC